AUGGGGAAGAGUAGUAAAGAUAAACGUGAUCUGUACUACAGAAAGGCUAAGGAACAAGGAUACCGUGCGAGAUCCGCUUUCAAGUUAUUACAGUUAGACGACGACUUUCAUUUUUUGCAGCAGGCUGUACGAGUGGUGGACCUUUGCGCUGCUCCGGGAUCUUGGUCUCAGGUCUUGUCUAGAAGACUAUUUCCUCAGAGUUCAGAUAAUUCAGAUAGAAAGAUUGUUGCAGUUGAUUUGCAGCCCAUGUCACCGAUCGAUAAUGUAAUCACAUUACAGGCGGAUAUUACACAUCCUAAAACUCUACAAACCAUAACCGAGCUUUUUGAGGGUAAGAAAGCUGAUUUUAUUUGUAGCGAUGGUGCGCCAGAUGUCACCGGUUUACACGAUUUAGACGAGUAUGUUCAACAGCAGUUAAUUUUAAGCGCAUUACAGCUAUCUACCUGUUUGUUAAGAAAAGGUGGAAAUUUUGUUGCCAAAAUAUUUAGAGGAAGAGAUAUAGACAUGUUGUAUUCUCAGCUUGGAUAUCUUUUUGAGAAAGUUAUUUGCGCUAAACCAAGAUCUUCAAGAGGAACAUCAUUAGAAUCAUUUAUCGUCUGCCUUGGUUACAAUCCACCAGCAAACUGGGAACCAAAAUUAGAUGUAAAUUCUUCAGUAGAAGACUUCUUCCAGGGAUGCGAUAUCGGUAAACUCAGGCUUGAAGAUAAAUGUCCCAACUAUCAUGAAGAACCAAGGUCCAUCGCCACUUUCAUUGCAUGCGGUGGCCUUUCAUCUUUUGACAGCGAUGCUACUUAUCAUGUUGACACUUCGACUCCAGCACUUGAUCCUGUACAGUCUCCUACCAACCCACCCUAUAAAAAAGCUCUCGAGCUGAAGCGUAGAGGUAAAAUGACUCGCGCAAUAUAG